AUGGAUGUUUCACACGCUUUGGAAGCUCUCCGCCGGGCUCUUCUAAACGCCAAGUUCGCACUGCGAGGAACCCAAGAGUACAGCUCUCUCAACAGCAGCACGUACCAGUCGGGUCUCAACAUUGACAUCUCACCUGCCUGCCUCUUCCAGCCCCAAACUGAAGAGGAGGUUGCGAAUUUCUUGAACACCAUUCGGCCGUUUGUUAUUGCUGGCGGGGCUGCCUUUGCCAUUGCUGGAGGUGGCCGCCAGCCUGCGCCCGAUUGCUCCAAUAUCAACGACGGCAUCACCGUCAAUCUGUCGCUCUUGAAGUGCAUUGACGUCCAAGUGGGCCGUGUCUCUAUCGCGGCUGGGGAGCUUUGGAGCUCGGUGUACGAUAAACUCGGCGAGCAGGGGCUCGGAUGUGCCGGGUCACGAUUGGUUCUGAACUACGAGAUCGUGCUAGCGUCAGGAGACAUUGUCAAUGCCAAUGCCAACGACAACACAGAUCUUUGGGUCGCUUUACGGGAUGGUGGCAAUAAUUUUGGCGUUGUCACUCGCUUCGACAUGCGGACGUUCAAGCAGGGUCAGAUGUACGGCGGUAGCAUAUACUACACCGGAGCCACUUUCCCCAGCCAGGCCGAAUUGCUAGUCAGUAAGCUCCAAAAGCCCAACGCGACCGACAAAACACACUUAAUGGUGAGCCUUGGAUACACUGCCGCCUUUGGCCCUGAUCCUGUGGGUCUCAAUCAGCUGUACUACAAGGAUGAAGUCGAAACGCCGUCGGUCCUCGAGCCCUUCACUCCAUUCCAAGCGCAAAUCCCUGGUCUCAACACCUUACGUUUGCAUACCCUGGCAGAGGCGUCCAGAGAGCAGGCAGGAGAGGUUUCGACACUCCAAAGAUCAGCUUACAUGAAUACUCAUGUGCGAGCCAAUAUUGCCUGUCUGCUAGCCGGAGCAAAGAUCUGGCAGGCGGCUCUUGAGCCUAUCAAAUCCUGUGAGGGGCUUAUCUGCUCCUAUACUUUGCAGCCGUAUCCGCUGUCCCUCUUGGCGGCCUCGGACACCAAGGGAGGGAACUCUCUCGGCUUGGACGCAGCCCAUGGUCCAGUUGUCUCGAUAGCCCUUUUGGGCUACUGGAACAACGCAGGCGACGAUGACAGAAUCCUCAACGCAUUCAAGGGCGCAUUGGAAAAGAUCGACCAGGAGGCCAAGACGAGCGGUCAGGCGCUUGACUUCAAGUUCAUGAACUAUUCCUUCACUUUCCAGGAUCCUAUUGGUUCAUAUGGGUCCGAGAACAAGAUGAGGCUACAGGAUGUGAGCAGAAAGUUCGAUCCGGAGGAUGUUUUCCAAAAGGGUGUUCCAGGGGUGGAAGUUGUUCGCUUGAUCAACGUCGCGAAAUGUCAGAUAAAUACUAGACCGCUUAGUACGUUAUAUUGCCCAUGUAGCCCGUAG